AAAUAUUCUAAGAAAGUUGCAUACCCACAUUUUAUAAUCUUCCACUAAAGCUCACAAACACUUCACACCGUCUUAAUCGACGACUUUCAUGUGCUACGGUUAUUAGCCCGCGGUAAUAUUACGGUACAUCGUUCAGGUUCCGGCAACGCGGUAAUUCAUCGCGUGCAGCUCCAGCUGAAAGUUCUCUUUCCUGAGAGCCGAAAAAUAGAGCAAGUGCACUGCCGACUUUACUCGACCUUCCCUGCUUUGCCUCCCCCCUCUCCAGACCUUCCGCAUGGGCUUUUAACCACCGGAUAACUGCUCAGGUCGGUGAUAUGGACAAACACCGCCGCGAUGAGUCGCCUUCCGGUCUGUCAGAUAUUGUCGAGCAUGACGGUCUUCUAGGGACCGGCCUGACGUCCAGACAUAUCGAGGCCUUUGGAAGGAAAGUAACGUCGACAGCCGGCCAUUUGAUGGGCCCUACGACCGACGGAAAUCCCGCCCAUUACCACAAUGCUAUGGCGGAUAUUCAGCGCGAGCUGCGGCGGCCCAAUACGCAGCGCAGAGUAUUCGCCUUGACUCAAACUACGCCGACAGAUCUUGUCCGCUCCAAGCUGUCGACAUCCGAAAUUCAAUCGCGAGCUCUCUCCUCUCUCCCCGACGACCUCCUUGCGAACAUCCCCGACGACAGUAGCUCCUACUCCCUGUUUGAAGGUUUCCAGGCCUCCCAAGACGAUAUCGAAUAUAGAAAGGCCCAUCGACGGCGCUCUUCCAAAUCGAAGAAAUUGUUGAAAGAUGGCGAAAGCCGGGUGGCCCUUCCGUCUGCUCCGGCGGAGUUGAAGAAGGAACGCGAUUUGUUAAGUCGCCGCAUGGAACUGAUGGGUGUGCGCAAAAAUAUGUGCAGCUCGGAGAUACACGAUAUAGACAACAAGAUCGCGAAUCUUCACAACAUGCGCAAGAUUGUUUUGGAUCGGUUGGCUGGACUAGAGAUGGAGGAGGCGGAAUUGGAACACGAACUGACCGAGCUCGAAAAUAAACUUGAGGAUAUUGAAGAGGAAACACCGGAAGCUUCUGCUGUUUUGGGCACUCCGAAAUCAUCUGCAAACGAUGAACCGACGACCUCAGAGGAUCCGGCCAUGGACGCAUCUUUCAUGUCGGAAUCGAUUUAUCAAAAGAUCCCAUCGCCGAAGAGUCUGAAGCACAAAUCAAAGAGAAAACGGUCUAUGCCUGUUUUACAUGAGCACUUCAGUCCCGGGUCCUUGAUUAAGGAGAUGGAAGCGCAUACCGAUAUGGUGACUGCCAUUGAUUUUGACUAUCCUUUCGGCACAAUGAUUACCGCAGCGUUGGAUGAUACCGUACGAGUUUGGGACCUCAAUGUCGGAAGGUGUACUGGGUUUCUGGAGGGGCAUAACGCAUCGGUCCGAUGUCUUCAAAUUGAGGACAACAUCGUGGCUACGGGUUCUAUGGAUGCCUCGGUCAAGCUUUGGGAUUUGAGUCGCGCCCGCUCUAGACCUCGAAGCAGCCGCAUUAACAAGCAUGAGGACGAAGAAGACGCUGCCGAUGAUGCUUCCCAAGUAUCCCACUCAACAACAUUAGAGGAUUGCCAUGUAUUCUCACUAGAUUCCCAUGUUGGUGAAGUGACAGCGCUCCAUUUCCGAGGUGACAACUUGAUAUCCGGCUCGGCUGAUAAGACUCUGCGCCAAUGGGAUCUCGUUAAAGGACGUUGUGUGCAGACGUUAGAUGUUCUUUGGGCUGCAGCUCAAGCGGAUACAUUGAAUGGAGACAGCACAUGGCGACCAUCCGGACGCGUACCAGACGCAUCUGCAGACUUUGUGGGGGCGCUUCAAUGUUUCGAUGCCGCCCUGGCUUGCGGUACUGCCGAUGGCAUGGUGCGUCUGUGGGAUCUGCGCAGUGGCCAAGUUCACCGUAGUCUUGUUGGACACACAGGCCCUGUUACAUGCUUACAGUUUGAUGAUGUGCAUCUCGUGACAGGUAGUAUGGACCGUAGUAUUCGGAUCUGGGAUCUCCGAAUGGGAUCCAUCUACGACGCAUUCGCCUACGACAGACCCGUCACCAGCAUGAGGUUCGACGCUAAACGAAUUGUGGCUGCCGCGGGAGAGAGCGUGGUAAAGGUCUACGACAAGGCAGACGGCAACCACUGGGACUGUGGUGCCGGCGUUGGUGCUGAUGAACAAGGUCCACUUCCGGCGACCGUUGAUCGAGUGUGCCUCAAGGAUGGAUUCCUCAUUGAAGGUCGCCAGGACGGUAUUGUUGGAGCGUGGACGUGUUAGAAAUGAUUCCAUGAGGCAUUGGCUUUCGGACGUAUUUGGAUGUACAUGCGAGUACUUGCCAUUAUAUUUUCUGCGAAGUCUCAAGAGCAUCUUGAAUGUGUAUAUUAUAUGUCAGCAGUGUUCUAGAAGCGAAAUAAAGCUGUCCAGGACCGACAGCACUGUAAAAUGUUUUUGUCAAGUGGUCAUUAACAUGUUGAAUAUGGGCGAAUGAGAUUUG